UACUACAGGAGCUCGACACCAGCCUGCGUACGGAACCUUCCGGAGUCAUUGCAGCCGAGGAUGCGGACUACAUGUUCAUGAGCUGUGUGGCAUCGGGCAGUCGCUCCAGGGCACGGCAUCACCACAUCGUGAGGCCCGGAACAUUCUGGAGAUCGUGGAGGAUCGGGACGACAGUUCACCCAGAUUCCCACUGACGGAGGAAUUCCAAGCUGCAGUGGCCCCAUGUGGUGCUACCCCACCGCUGCCGGCCCGCCCACUGCCCCCGCUGGGGGACCAGUCGUACGAGGAGGGGGAGCCCUGCGGCCCCAUGGCCCCCUGCCCCACGGACGGCCUGGACUCGGACGAGAGCCUGUACGAGUCGUACGGGGAGGAGGAGGCGUGUGCGGCGCGUGGCACGGACUCUCUGCAGGCACUGCCCGCCCCCUCCCUCACCCACAUCUGUGGCCUCCUCUGGCGCAAACAGUGGCUGGGACGAUGGAGCAGGCAGCUCGUGCUCAUCAAAGGCCAGCUGCUGUUGUGCUACAAGUGCCUUGCGGACGGGCUGCCGCUGCUGGAGAUGAGCCUGGCAGGGGCCCGCGCUGCCUACAAGUUCAAGCGGGGCCGCAGGGUGGAGCACGAGCUGAAGGUGACGGGCACGGCCCAUGCCAGCCUGGUGCUGGGGCUACACACACAGCGACAGGCCCACGACUGGAUGAAGGUUAUUGAGGAUGUGAGCAGCUGCGGACACUACAGAUCCACACCCUGGCACUGUCCAUUAGCAGCGAGCAAAGGCACAGAACCUGCCCUCAACAAGGUACGUGUCCCCCUGGCCCACUCACCCAGGCUGGGGGUGUGA